GUCACUAUGUAACAAGGAUUGUCGGCGGCGGGCAUGUGGCUUUGAUGUUUAGAAUCGUCUCAGAUUCAAAACUUUGAAAUUAGUGAGACGCCAUUUUUGUUUUAUAUGCAUAAGAAGCAAAUCGGAACAGAUGAUGACUUGACACUCUGAUCUCUUCGUUGGACCAGUACCAUGUCUGCAAGAUGACAAGCAAAGUACAUCAGUUCCUCAACGAGUCGGGGGGCAGCAACUUUACAGAGUCCGCUACCCGGCCCCCAGUCUAUGGCGAGGAAAAUGAACUGGUUUCGAAUGGAGGCGUCUCUACGCGGAGUAGCGGCUCACACAAAAGCCAGUUAUCGAACAAAAGCCAGACAUCCUCCAAGAGUAUGGGGUCCAACCGAGGAGAUUCCCCUGCUGUCACCCCCCGUCGGUCCAACAAAGAUAAGUCCGCCCAUUCAAUGAGUGUAAGUUGUAUAGACGAUGACGACAUGGCCCCACUGGGCUUCGAACCAGAGGGAAGUGCGUCAAGUUCGCCACCGUUCAAUGAAAAUAGUACUCCGUCUUUCAUGAAAUGGGCAGAGAAUUUAAAUUAUUUGCUCGAGGAUUUACAAGGUGUCGAGCAAUUUCGGAACUUCCUGGACCAAGAAGGUCUGGGAUCAUAUGCAGUGGAAUUCUGGUUUGCAUGCCAGGGUUUGAAAAAGAAGGAUUCUGACGAGAGUAUUGCCAAUGUGAUACGUGUGAUUCAUAAAAAGUAUAUUAAAUCGGAUAAACUGCCAUGUAUAAGUGAGUCUACGAAAAGGGAUAUACACGAUAAGUUACAAAAACGUGUGAAUCUCAAUCGGGAGAUUUUCGAUGAGGCACAGACAGAGGUGGAACAAGAUAUGAGAAAUAAUACGUAUCCAUUAUUUAUCAAGUCUGAUUUGUAUGUGCAAUAUGUCCAGAAGGGUGGGGAGAGUCCUAAAAGCAGUAACACAUCAAGUGGGUCCAUUACGAGGCCAGUGUCUGUGGGACCUCUUCCAACGUUAAUGGAGGACCAGGAACUUCAAACAAAUGGGACUCACCUGUCCUCCUCUGUAUGUGGACCCCCUAUUAGUGGUAAAUGUUCUAAUGUGUCAAGAUCAAGCCAAGGGGAAAGUUCUGGUGCUAAAAAACACUCCUCCGAAGCCUUUAGUAGUUUUCCCGUGCCGUUCGCCCCACGGACACCUUUGGCCCACCCUUACCAUGUGUCAUACGCGCCAGUAUCAGCUCAGGACAGCGAGAUACAGAGUUUGUCUAGUGAUGCCUUGACUGACGACACCCGCUCAAUCGACAGCAGUGUUGACAAUGAUAAGAUGUGGAAAAGGCAACGCAGGGCGAUGCGCAAACGGGCAGAACAAAAUCGGGAGAGUGGAAUUCAUCAACAAUUUAUACCUCGUACACAAAGAGCACCAAAGGACUCCAACAUUGCUGAAGUAAACCCUAAAAAGUUUGCGGCUAUGUUGAUUGAGAAACUGGAGAGAGUUUUGAAGGAGCGAGAGAAAGAAGAAAAACUAAAUGAAUCUAUGAGUAGGAUAUUAGAGUCGGACCUGGAAGAAGGGGAUAGGUCAAUUUUAAAUAGGUCAGUGGAUCGGUCAAUUGAUCGACCAGAAAGACUUGAUCGAUCUAUAGAACGUUCUAUAGAUCGGUCAAUAGAUCGAUCAAUGGAUCGGUCAAUAGACAGGUUAGACCGAUCACUUGAUCGGUCGGCAAUGUUGAGGAACACAUCCUCUGCUACCUCUAUGCCUUUAAUGACAUCUGCUGUGAUAAUGGACGAUGACAAUCCGAAUAGCAUUCUGGAGGAACAUGUGUCCCGAAUAUGGGAGAGCUCUGCUCAACAAACACCCACUCGGUCACCUGGACGACAGUCACCGUCGUUAAAGAGAUCGGCAGCCGAUCGUAAGUCGUCGGCUAAUCAGACAUUACCCUUGCCCAACACCUUGCCAUCUUCAGUGCACAACAAAUCAUUUCACAAGAAACGUCCAGACUAUCAUUCCUCAUUUGACAGUGGAAUGGGAGAGGACAAACCGUCUGUGGAAACACAUCGUCACAUCCACCAUCACCAUCAUCACCAUCAUUCUCGUGACCCUAAGUCCAAGACAUAUAUUGAAAUCGAGGCUCAACAACAUGUGAGUUGUUGGCCUGGUGAUGUGAAUUCUAGUGCGCGUGGACAUGGGUCAGGAAAUAGUGAAACUAAUAAUACAGAUAGGGGUCGGACUACACGUCGUGCUAAUCGUAAACAUUCGGAUACAAGCAGCAACAUUGACAGUGGAAUCAGCAUGAUUGAGUCCAUAUCUCCGAUGGCUGUGCCAAAUGCUCUGGAUCCUUCAACAGAAAAGGUUCUUAGCUGGAUGCGAGACAACUCCUGGGACAGCGAACACGUCAGUAGUGGUGCGACAGGCAGCACUGAUACUGAACGUACAGGCGGGUCCCACAAACGCUUCCGGUCAGGUGCUUCCACCACAACACCUACUCCCCACAAGCAAGGAUCUAACAAGAAGUCAACAGCUCAUGGUUCUAGUCGGUCAGCAUCUGUGGAGAGGACGGGAAUGAUGCAGCCUUGGAUGACGAUGGCUGGUCAGGCACUACCCACUCAGCCAUUUGUCCAAGAUCCAUCCAUGCCCCUCCCCACACCACCCAACACCACUGUCCAGCUGGAGGAAGCCAAGCGCAGGCUAGAGGAGUCGCACAUCGUACCUGUCAAGUCAAAAUCCUUCACUGGGGUUCCAACUAAGGAGAAGAAGGGAGCCAUGUUCAUUUCACAGAGCAUGUCAUCUGCUAGACCCACCCUCCCGACAACGCGCACUGUGCCUAGUGACCUUGACCUUUCUGCUGCGGAAGCAACAGUUGCCAGUAACACCACCGAGAAAAAGGGAAGUAAGAAAUCCUCAUCCAGCAGUGCCAACACCUCUGGGUCAGCACCCUCAGGGACCAGCGCUUCCACGCCUGCUGCCACAACAGAGGGAGGAGAGGUCAUUAUAGGAUAUUUCUUUUGUGGGGAGCCUAUCCCUUACCGUCAUACUGUACACGGGACACACGUCACCCUUGCACAAUUUAAACAUCUCAUCGGCCGCCGAGGCAACUUCAAGUUUUUCUUCAAAAAGUUGAGUAAUGAAUUUGAAAGUGAAGUUGUUUUCGAGGAAAUCCGCGACGACAAUGAGAUGCUUCCAUUGUGGGAAGGAAAGAUUGUGGCCAAAGUGGAGAAAGUGGAUUAAAAGACAGAGCAAAUGUUAAAAAAAUGUUUUCGGACGACUAAGAACAAAAGAAUGAAAAUUUCAUGACAUUUUUUUGUCCUGGAAAAAAAAGGUUAAAUAUUCAAAGAAGUUUGUAAUUAAGCAUGUAAAUAAGUGUGUAUAUAUAAAUAUAUAUAUGUGUAUACAUGUGUACGACUGUGACUUAAGAGGGAGAAGUGUCAAUAGGUAUGUGUGUAUGAUCAAACGAUAACUGCUGACUCAGGGGAAUUUGUUGGACUGUAGCUAAAAUGUAGCCAUGAAUUUGGCUACAAUGUAGAGGACAUUGUCCUUGACCUUUAGGUAACGGACAGAUGACCUUAACCUUAAUGAUAUUGAAAAGAGAAAUAGUUUUGGGAUUGCGAUUAUAUUUUGGGAAAGGAUAAAAAAAAAUCUGAAUAUUUUCAUUUAAUUACAAGGAAAAAAACCAUGGAUUAAUUAAAAAAGAAAUCUUCAAGUUUUAAUAUUUUUGAUUAUGAAAAAUUGGUGAAAGAAAUUAUGAAAAUUACAAGAGUUUGCAUGUGAUGUGCAAGUCUGUUAAAUUUACGUUUUAUAGUGUAUGCAUGGAGACCAAUUAAGAAAAUGGUAUUCGUUGCCAAGUUUUAAAAUUAUUUUUAAGAUGACUGACUUUUAAGAAAGAUGUGUUUAACUUGCAUAAGAUAUACCAAAGAUUUUGAAAUUAAGAUAUCAAGACAUAUAUUAUUGUGCAUCAAUCAUCAUUUCAUUUAGUGAAAAAAUUGUAUCAUUAUUAUUUCAUUGAAUCUGUUCAUUAGAUGAAGCGAGUGUUUUCAAGGUCCAAGUUUUCAGUACAUCUCUGACUUUGAUCUGAAAUCCCUCAUCAAAAGGAUGUUGUAUUAUAUUGUAAUUAUUUCUCUUGUGUUAAUUUAUGAACUUAGUGCUACUUCUCUUGUUAGUACUUAAAAUUAAUAGUUAUAUAUGUGUACAAUUCAUACUCUUACUGCUGAGCCUGAAUGGUCACGUUACAAAUCACUUUUCCUCCUUCAAGAUUUGCAUAAUUAAAAAAAAUAUCCUUAUUUAAAUUAUAUUAAAUUGGUGUCCCGCCACCCGCAACUACUAAAAUUUAUUAGAUCUAUCAUAACGUCAUUUGAAAAAAAUAGUUAGAAGAUAUUUAUUUUCCUGUUAGAUCAUAAUGGUUUUGUUUUGUAGACUACUAGAUGCAAGACUGAUAUUAUGUGUAAAACCUCCUUUUUUUAGUAUAAAAACUAUCCUCUACUUUAGAGCUUUACCGGUACUGAAAUAUUUAUUUUGAUUUGCAUUCUAAUAUUCCUUUAUGCAUAACAGAAUCUUAUUGCCUCCAUACUUCAAAAAUGUCUCUUGUAGGGACUAAUCUAUGUUAAAUUCUUUAUUCUUCAUUUAUUAAUACCAUGUGCACCUUUAUCUUCUUGUUCUGAGAAUAUUCCUACUUUCCAUAUUCAAAAGCUUUGUUAAAUUACCAAAAUUAUGCAGAUAAUUAAUUACAAUGGGCUCACCAACAUUUUCAAAAUGUAGUAAUGAUUGGUCCCUAUUUCAUCAGACAUUUCUAAGUGCACCCAGAAUGCCACUGAAAAAAAGAUAUUUCCAAAAUAACAAAUGGCUUCUCAUGUAUAUUUUAUAUGGUACUUGUACAAAAUUGUAAAAAUAAACUUGGUUGUUAAUUUUAGUAGGUAAAGCCCCAGGUGACAAGGGCUGCUGAUUCAGCUACUAGAAUUCUAUUUAUUUAUUUUAUCGUCCCUUCUCAGUAAAUGCAUUUUGUCAAAUCAGGAAGUUUUGGUUGUGAUUGUGGCGGCGACCUCCUGUUGACCUUGACAUUGUUAACAGACUGUGGCAUUAUUUAUACAGUUGACUGCCAUUUUAACAGUAAUUUCACUUUGAUGGGCCAAUACUUUUAUUCUGUAAUAACUGGGCAUUUUAAUACAUAGUUUUAAUUAAUGAAAUAUAUUGAAUGUUAAUGAAAUAAAGUUCAUUUCUCUAUUUGUAAUUUAUUUAUGGUACAAGUGUACUUAGGUUUUUCCGAUGAGUUCAAUCUUUCUAGGGGAAGGUAAAUACAAAUAAAAACUUUUAUUUCAAAGGAGACAGAAAUCAAAAAAGUAGUUUUUCUACCACUUGAAAGUCAUAACAGGGUAAAUUCUUUCAUCUGAAAAAUUGUUGUUGUGACCUGUCAGAAAAAAAUCAAGAUAUCUUCUCUGUGAGACCAAACUCUCACUUUUGAACAUUGUAAAUAAUAUAAUUAACAAUAAUUAUUUUAUUGACAUGUCCAAACAUUGUUCUGUUUUGGUUCAUAUUUCACUAAUUAGUUCAACAUUUCCAUAUGUAAUGAAUAGUUACAGUCAAUAAAAUUUUGUACUAUAACAAAUAUUUUACGAA